UCUCCAUGCAUUGAGCAAGUACAACGCUCUUGUGAAGCACUCAAAUCACAUUUUACUGAUGUAAGAACAUUUGAAGUGCUUCUACGCACCUAUGAUGUUAGACAAAGGAUAAUAGAGAGCUGCCUAGUUAAUGAAGGAGAUUCUAAUGAGCGCCCUCCACGAAAGAGGAGGCAGGGUUCUGCUGAAGGAAACAAUGGGAUUGAAUGCACUUCUUCUCCUACUGUGAUGAUUAGGCCUUCUGGUGAAGCAAGAGGUCAUACUGGCUAUUUGACAUUUGCUAGACUCAAAUGUUUUGCGUAAUAUGCUUCAUCAAAGAUCCAAUUUUUGUGGUGGCGCACACUUUUCGUGCUUAUGUUGUGCUUAUUUCUUGAUUAUUCGACAAGUAGAAUUCUUGCAGUUAACAGCUAUUAAAGAGCAGACUAACCAAAAGAGAUAUCAGACAGUUUUGCUCAAGAUUUGACAAAAAGAAAGAAAAGGUGCUUCUACUCGAAUUUUAUAGUGUGUUAUAAUUUUGCUUUCUGCAUUGUUUCUUCUAAUCCCAUUUUUUAAGUGCUGGAGGUACCCUGCAUGUUUUCUUCUU